GAGGUAUGAAGUAGAUCCUCAAACACUUGCCGUUUUAAUCUGACAGUCACAAGACACAGGUGGGAUGUACAGUUCACAUAUUUAGUUUCCUUAUAGGGAGUGUCUAACACUUCUUAUAAAAAGAGGUGAACAACACAGCGGUCCACUUUGAAGGAAGUGAGAGAUUUACUGUACUACAGGAAACGCUUCAAUACGUCUCAGAAGAUGCUGAGGCUAACCCUGUGGUUGUUUUUGGUGGGGUUUGCUUCCUGCUCCAUCACAUGUCCUGAUGGAAACGUCUGUGAGGAUCUCUCUACCUGCUGUAAGACUGAACGUGGAUACAGCUGCUGUCCGUUCCCAAAAGCUGUGUGUUGCUCUGACCUGGCCCACUGCUGCCCUUCAGGAUAUCGUUGUAACCUGGUGACACAGAUGUGUGAGAAAGAGAACCAGCCGUGGUUGAGCAUACCCAUGGUGAAGAAGGAGGAACCAAGUGUCCCUCUUCAACCUUUAUCUCCACUACAAGAAACAAAAACCCCAGAUCAAGGAAAGAUUUCAAUUGUCCACUGUGAUAACUAUUACCACUGUCCUGAUGGCACUACCUGCUGCAGACACCCAAAAGGCGCCUGGUUCUGCUGCCCCUACUCUCCUGGCAGGUGUUGUCUGGAUGGCUACCACUGUUGUCCAUACGGCUACGACUGUGACUACACUUACACACACUGUGUGAGGACAGGUCUGAGAUACCCUUUCACCCCAAAACAAGCCUCUGUUCCAGCUUCUCUCACUUCAACCAAAGAGGUCAAAGAAAGCUUGAAAGAGACACCGAUGACAGCCUCAACAGACGCCAGAGUUGGUAUCAGUAAAGCUGAACUAAUUCGCUGUGAUUCCAAGUUUUAUUGUGCUGUAGGGAAGUCCUGCUGCAAAGGUCCCACAGGCCGGUGGAACUGCUGUCCUUACAAACUGGGCCAGUGUUGUGCGGACGGUCAGCACUGCUGUCAGUAUGGAUACAACUGUGACUCUACCUCUUCAUCCUGCCAAGCGGGGUUCUCCCAGAUCCCCUCAAGAAAGCAGGAACCAGCCAAAUUAGGCUGAGGACAUGUCAGAGUUUGUGCACUGUCACAGAUUUUUUUGUAUUUUGUUUUUAAAAAUCAUGUAAAAUCUAAAAAUGCAUAAUUGAUUCAAUAGAGAGAUUAUCAUAAACUGCAGCUUUGAAGAAUUUCCUGCAAAUAUGUGAAUCUGUGCAUUCUCAAAACAUUGAGGAUGUUUUGUUUGUAUGUUUUCUUUCAUAUAACAAAUCAAAACAGGCAAAUCAAUGAAGAUUAAUGCCAACCUCAAAUCAAUUUAUCACUAUUUUUUUUUGUUGUUGAUAAAAACAGAGAACCGGCCACUUUAAUAUUUGUACGAUUUUUCAAUAAAAAAUAUAAAAACAAAA